AUGGCAUCUCCUAAGCCUCCAGAGACGCCAGAGAUGGCCUACACACGCUUUGAAAUGCCUGGUUCUUACAUAUCUCCAAUACGCCGUCAAGCCCAACUCCAACCCCAUGUCCAAUCAACUUCUUCAUCCCCCAUAAGAUACAGAGUCAUUGACUGGAACGAAAGAAUCAAAAAGUUUGAUCAUGGAUUAGCCAACGCAGAGGAAGCUUCGCUCGAAGAACUUACCGAAUAUGUCGAAACCGCAAUUUUCGUUCAUAGCGAAGAGUCCCUAACUGAUGAGACACUUUGGCUUCAGUUCAAGGAUGAGUUUAACGACUUCUCUCUUCGAACCUGGGAUCGUCUGCCCAACCGCCUCAGGAUAGCACUGCGACUAGAUUUGAUUCAGAGAGGAGUCUUCAUCCGUCGACCAACCAGUAUGACACCUCCUAUGCCAAUCUCUCAUAUCCUGCAUGAAGCUGUUCAGGACGAACAGUAUCAUACCUGGACAGACCAAGAGCUUAAAGCAGUCCUUGAAGAAGUCAAACCAGUGAUCUCUAUUAAACUCAGUGAUCGGCUUAACGAAGCAGGAACUAAAUUGAAGACCGAUAGCCAAGAAUCUCCGAUCCCUCCACAGAUUGUUUCUCCACAGAUUGUUUCUUCACUUCCUCACCAAUCAAACCCAUUCCAAACCACCAAAUAUCCAAGUGCUAAGAGAGCCACCUUCGUGCCCUCCUUUAAAGAUCCAGAGAGAGAUGCGUUCCUAAGACAACAGGAAGAACAGAAUCGGAGACAACAUCAGGCUCAACAGGCUGAAGCUGCAGCUAGCUACAGAACUCCAGAGUCUCAAGAAGCCUAUUAUAGGCCCUUUACAGCUCCAACCGACGCCAGAAAUGCACCCCGGCAGCCACAAAACCCACCUCCUGGCGACCGCCAGUCAUUCUAUACUACUCCUAGAGAGCCAGAUCCUUAUCACCAGCCAUUCUACCCUGCUCCUAGAGAGCCAGAUCAUCGCUACCAGCCUUUCAAUACUGUUCGCAGAGAGCCAGAUCAUCGUCACCAGCCUUUCAAUACUGUUCCUAGAGAGCCAGAUCGUCGUCAACCAGAUUACACCAAAGAAGCUAUGAACAUCCGCAAAGCCUACCAGAAGGACCAGAAAUAUGGUGGAUCAGAAGACAGCUUCGACUUUAAGCUAGCCAUCUUUUACGACAUUUGCGAACAGGCCAAUCUACCUCCAGAAGCAUACAAAAAGGCAUUCUCAGCUAUGCUCAAAGAUCAAGCCAACGACUAUUAUUAUAAUAGUAGCUUAUCCUCAAAGCCAUUUGACGAGAUCUGCAGCCAGAUGAGAGCUUAUUUUGAAGGACCUAAACACCAAACCCAGAAGCUUGUCGAAUGGAACAAUGUCUCACUCCAAUCUCUAAUCAAUGAGAACCCUGGAAAGCCAUUAAACCAAGAUGCGUUCGGAUACUCAGUUCUCCGCGAAGCUUACAAUCGCGUGUAG